AUGCUUAUAUCGGACUAUGAAUUAAAACAAUGUGAUACAGACGCUGGUAUAUGCUGGGAGUGUAAAGCGCUUAUCACAAAGUUUACAAAGUUUAAGAUGCAAGUUUUAAAAGCGCAGAAGUUGAUUAGAACAAAUUUGAAGAACAAUGCAUUAAGUAAUUUAAAAAGUUACACAAAAUGCGGAUAUGACAAUAUCUAUGACCAUGACAACAGGAAAGUUGAUAGCAUUACGGUAAAAGAGGAGAUUUCUUAUACUGAAAGUAGUGAUACAGAGAACUUCAAUGGUGACGAAUCAGUAACUGUUAAUAGUCAUAACGAACUUCAAGAUAUAAAGAAUGAAACAAAUGAAGCGAAUGAAAUCAGCAGAGAAAUAACAAAAAAGUUAGAGAGGCAUCUUAAAUUGAAUCAUAAGGAAACUAAGGAGAAACCAAUAGUCAAAGUUAGUAAUGUGAACAAGAAUGUAGAUAUUAGGGAUAAAAUUGUUAAAAUUACAUUAUCGGAUCAUGAAAUGUUAAAUAGUAGGGAGUUGAAACGAAAUCAACCGAAUUUUAAGAAGUUACCGUUUAAAUGUGAUACAUGUGUGCUCGGCUUUAUGAGGGAGGACACAUGUCAAAUGCAUUGGAACCAGAAACAUCAUGAGGCUAUAGGCCGUAUUAAGUGCGACAUCUGUUCAGUACGUUUCACAAAACAGAGUUUGCUAUCAAGCCAUCGUGAAAGGCACUACACUAUAUAUAAGUGUGUUUUAUGUAAAUAUGAAUCCACAUUUUACAAAGCAGCUGUGAACCAUUGCCAAUUGAAGCACGAUAAGGAUAGACAAGGUCUAAUACACUGUGGGCAGUGCUCUGUAACAGUUGGAACAGGAGAUGAAUUAACAAGACAUAUUGAUGAAUAUCACAUGUUGGAUUGUAACCUGUGCGGGCAGAAGUUUAAGAAGAAGAACAUAUUGAGGUCUCAUAUAAUUCGAAUCCAUUCAUCCAAUCGAGCGUAUAUAUGCGAUGUCUGUUCGAAGACUUUCAAAACGAAAUCACGCCUGGAAACGCACAUAACCUCACAUAAUAAGGCCAUAGCGAAAAAAAUGGCCUAUUGCAGUAAAUGUAAAGUUCAGUACAAGAAUAUACACGUAUAUAGGAACCAUUUGAAGAAUAGUACGAAUCACUCCGAAAGGCAAUAUCAUUGCAAGGAAUGCAAUAAAAAGUUCGCAUCAAAAGCGUACUACCACAAGCACUACGACUUCUUUCACUUGCGUAAGUCUGCCUCGAAGUGCGACGUCUGUGAUAAGAUUUUCAUAUCAGACUGGCGUUUAAGAAACCACAAGCAAAAACACCAUGGUCUCGACAGAACCAGAGACCAUUCUUGCAAUGUAUGCGAUAAAACAUUCUAUACGCUGGCAACGCUGAAAAAUCACAAGCUAACACAUUCAGAAGAGAGGUCGUACAUGUGCGAAGACUGCGGGGACACGUUCAAGCAACGACCGGCGCUCUACACGCACAUACGGAUAAUGCACAGACAGACAAAAAUUUGACAAAAACACGCACAAUCUACAUGUAAAUAAAGCUGUAAUAAAACAUCAU